AUGAAUCCCCUUCAAGCUCCAUCCGGUUGCAGCUCCAAUGAAGAAGCAGAUAAACAUGCUCAUGGUAUUGCCGUCGCGACAAAGGAUGUGGACACCGGUGCAGCACUCGUUGCAGGCAUGUCUGGUGAACUCGAUCCGGAUGAUGUAGCACGAGUUCGACGGAAAAUUGAUCUUGGCAUUUUACCGAUGAUGUGCACACUUUACUGGAUUCAGUUCAUGGAUAAGGCCACCUUGGGCAGUUCUGCAAUAUUGGGCAUACAGCUGGGAACUGUGUUCUACCUUAGCUAUCUAAUAUUCGAGUACCCACAGAAUCUUGCGCUCCAGCGUUUCCCUGUGGGUAGAUGGAUGAGUGUCAAUAUCUUUGUUUGGGGCAUCGCGUUGGCUUGCCACGCAGCCUGCACCAACUUCGCUGGCCUCUUCGUAGCGCGUUUCAUCCUGGGGAUGUGUGAGGGGUCCAUCACAGCUGGCUUCAUGAUUAUCAGCUCGAUGUUCUACACUCGUAACGAGCAAACAUCGCGGGUUGGGUACUGGUUUCUUAUGAAUGGGACAGCGCAGAUUAUAUCUGGUUUUAUCAGUUUUGGUUCUUUGCAUAUCACAACUCCAGGAUUUGCUCCGUGGCAAUGGCUCAUGAUCAUCACUGGCAUCUUGACCCUAAUAACUGCAGUCGUCUACUGGUUCUUUUUCCCUGACUCGCCCACCAAUGCGUGGUUUUUGACACCGGCAGAACGAGCAAUUGCAGUCCGGCGCUUGAAGGAAAACCAGACCGGCGUAGAAAACAAACAGUUCAAGAAGGAUCAGAUGAUGGAGGCUCUGAAGGAUCCGAAGACAUGGAUCUUUGCUCUCUUUUCCGCCCUCGACCAGAUACCGAACUCGCUCAGCAAUCAACGGCAAAUCAUUGUGACAUCACUUGGCUUCAGCGCUCUGAACACAACCUUAUUGAGCUGUGUUGACGGUUUCAUGGAAGUUGCAACGAUUUGGACUGGUGUUAUGAUUGUCUCCCGGAUACCAAACAGUCGUGCUUACGUCGGCGCGAUUUACUUUAUCCCGGCUUUGGUUGGGGUACUCAUGAUUGAGUUCCUGCCAUGGAGCAAUCAGAUCGCCUUGCUUUUUGCCAUUUGGCUUGUGGAUAUCGGGAUCACUGGAUUCGUCCUAUCUCUGGCCUGGUUGACUAGCGUUACUGCUGGGCACACAAAGAGAGUGACCACAAAUGCGAUCAUGCUGAGCGCCUAUUGCGUCGGUAAUGGCCUGGGCCCGUUCAUGUGGCAGGCGCAAUAUAAGCCACGCAACCGCGUACCUUGGAUUGUCAUCGGGAUUUGCUACCUCGUUUGCCCCUUACUUCUACUUACCAUCAGGUUCAUCUUAUCGCGAGAGAACAAGAAGCGGGACGCCGAGCCUGUCAGCAAUGACUACGAGGAGGUUUACAUCGAACAAGUCACUGCGGAUGGAAAACGGAUUGAAGUCAAGGUCGAGAAAGAAUUUCUAGACCUGACAGACAUACAAAACCGUGAUUUCCGAUACGUUCUGUAGCAAUAUUUCGUUUCGUUUGUGUGUUCCCCGAAGCAACAUGAUUAGCCACGCGUCUCAAUAUCUUUCUCGGCAGAUCACUGCAUGUCGAAGCGCCGCUGCACCGACAACCAUAAUGAGUGAAAACAGUACUUCAAUUAACUGAGUGGCUUUUCCGACGUAGUAUAAUUGCAGAGGUGAUACACACGG